UUUUGCGCUGUUUCGUGCCAUUUUUGUAAAAGAAUUCUCUCCGUUCCAUUUAGCGCUUUCAAGUUUGUAGGAUCUCGGCUAUGGCGAAGAACUAUCCGCCUAUCACCCAGCAAUACGAGGCGGCUGUCCUGAAGGCGAGGAGGAAGAUUAGAGCUCUUGUUGCUGAAAAGCAUUGUUCUCCACUAAUGCUUCGUCUCGCAUGGCACUCCGCCGGAACGUUUGACGUUAAGACUAAGACGGGAGGUCCCUUCGGCACGAUGAAUCACGCAGCGGAACUCGCUCAUGGCGCUAACAAGGGCCUUGACAUCGCUGUUAAGCUGUUGGAGCCGAUUAAGGAACAGGUGCCGAUCCUUUCGUACGGUGACUUCUACCAGAUCGCCGGGGUUGUUGCUGUUGAAGUUACCGGCGGACCCGAGAUUCCCUUCCAUGCUGGCAGAGUGGACAAGCCUGAGCCUCCGCCCGAAGGCCGCCUCCCCGAUGCCGUAAAAGGAUGUGAUCAUUUAAGGGAGGUUUUCUACGCAAUGGGUCUCAGUGACAAGGAUAUCGUUGCUUUGUCUGGUGCUCACACUCUGGGAAAAGCUCACAAAGAUCGAUCUGGAUUUGAAGGACCAUGGACAACCAAUCAUCUCGUCUUCGACAACUCUUACUUCAAGGAGCUUUUAUCUGGAGAGAAGGAAGGGCUUCUUCAACUGCCAUCUGAUAAGGCGCUUCUCACCGAUUCUGUGUUCCGUCCCCUUGUUGAGAAAUACGCUGCGGAUGAAGAUGCGUUCUUUGCUGAUUAUGCCGAAGCUCAUCUGAAGCUCUCAGAGUUGGGAUUUGCCGAUGCUUAAAUGACUCAGAAGUUCAAACGCCGACGCUCGUCGUAUGCUUCAUAAAACUGGUUUUAGUUUCGUAUAAAUCGUUGGUUUUUGUUAUAAGGAUGUUUGUGUGUGUGGCUUUACACUCAUCACGCGCUUCGACGGUGUUAUAAUGAAAGCUAUAUACACAUUACAUUCCUCGUGAGAAAUAAUAUUUUUCACUAUGAA